AUGGUGGGGCCCGGGGGCGCUGGGCCGAAUAGCGCCGCGCCGCAGCGGGACCCCAGUCCGCCCGGCUCUGCGGCGAGGCCGGAGUGGAAGGCGCGGCGAGGCCGCAGUGCCUGCCGGGAUGGGGCUGGGGGACCGCCGCCCCCUGCGGGUGUAGCGCCGCGCCUGCGCGCUGCGGCCAGCGGCGGGAGCCGGGGCGCGCCGGACGUGGCGGCGGGGCUAGGCGGGAGCAGCGGGGGCGCCCGGCGGCGCGUAGAUGUGUGCGCGCUGGUCAGGCUUGCAGGCCGGGAAGCGCUGGCAGCCGCCGGGGCGGAGUUGGGGCGCGCUGUGGCCCGGGCGGUGUCGCCCGUGGGAACGCCUGGGAGCCGCCGCGGGGAGAGGGAGCUGGAACCGGGGGCGCAACCCCAUGGCUUCCUGGGAAGGCCUCAAGAUUCCUGGGCAUCAGGCUGAUUACUCACUCCCCUGCUGGCCUUGAAGAUCCCAGGCACCUAGCCAACCAGGUGUUGUUGAUGACCCGAUCACAGAACAGGGAAGUGUACCAGUGCACAGAGCACUGUCCACAAAAUCAAGCAGUUACAAGUCCUAAGUGGGGAAAUUGGACUGGAACUAUUGCUGGAGAGUGAGACUGUGGCACCUCCACUGGUGUCUGUUUCAUAUGAGGACUGGGUGAGGGACUCAUCUUCUUUUAUAAAAUUUUUGAGUCUACAUUAUGCUCAUUACAUUGAUGCAUCAAAUGAUGUAUUAAGUUCUCACCUGAAUUGCAGAGGGUCUAAGUGAUUUGAAACCCUAAAUUAGGGUCUAGGUGAUUAGAAACUGUAAGUUAAGUUGUAUUAUAAAUUCUGUAUUAUGCUGCUUAUAAAUUGUACUGCAUUAAUUCUGUUUGUAGAAAUCCUGUGCCAUUCCAAUCAUAAGUUCUAUCCUAUACUACUCAUAAAAUCAUAUUAAGAAAAAUAAAGCUUUAACUGUAA